GAAGACGAAAUCGGGUUAAACUCGUAAUAAAAAGCUAAUGGGAAUCACAAAUAAUUAUGCAAGGUAGGGUUUUUGUUCGGUGAUUCCGGCGAUCCAGGGAGCCUUUUCGAGUUCUUCCGUGGGGAGCGCUGCUCGAUUCCGGCUUCGAUCCGCCCCUCUUUGGUAGAAGCAAGCGUCCUCGACCGGGCUCUCUUCUCCCUUGUGUUCGGUGCGAUCGGGCAGGGGAAAUGUCCGCCUCGAGAUGAUGCGGUAGGGGAACCCCUGUUUGCUGAGAUUUCGGUUUAUUUCCUUGCUCCGAAGGCCGAACGACAUGAAUGCCCCAAUAAUCGAUCCGUUGCAGGGUGAUUUCCCCGAAGUAAUCGAGGAGUUUUUGCAGCAUGGGAACAUGAAAUGUAUCGCCUUCAAUCGACGGGGAACUCUUCUUGCUGCUGGCUGUGCCAACGGGAGCUGUGUCAUUUGGGACUUCGAGACUAGGGGGGUUGCCAAGGAGCUUCGUGAUAAAGCUUGUGUAGCACCUAUUACAAGUGUUUGCUGGUCCAAGUAUGGUCACUAUUUACUUGCUUCUGCUACUGACAAGUCGUUGACACUUUGGAAUGUCAUGAAUGGGGAGAAGAUCACACAUAUAACAUUGCAGCAAACUACUCUACAUGCACGCCUUCACCCAGGAUCUUGCACUCCGUCGCUCUGCUUGGCUUGUCCCCUUUCUUCUGCGCCUAUUCUUGUUGAUCUGAACAAUGGAAGCUCCACUGUUCUGCCCGUUUCAGGAACGGAUAAUACAAAUGGAAAUUCUGUUUCUCAUCCUCGCAAUAAAUUUUCUGAUGGUUCGCUGCCUUUCACUCCAACUGCAGCAACUUUUGACAAACAUGGAGAUCUGAUCUACCUGGGAAACUCCAAAGGGGAGAUACUAAUUGUUGAUUCAAAGAACAUUAGGGUAAAUGCACUAAUACCUAUUCCUGGGGGUUCUGUUGUCAAAGAUAUUGUUUUUAGUAGGAACGGGCAGUAUCUGCUCACAAAUUCUAAUGAUCGAGUCAUUAGAGUCUAUGAGAACCUUCUACCAACAAAGGGUGCUGCAAAGGAACUUGAAAUAAUGAGUGACACUGACGAUAAAUUUCCCAGGAUAGAGAAGUUGAAAGAAGUAGGCACCAAGUGUCUGCGCUUAUCUCGAGAGUUCCAGGAUGCUGUGACAAAGAUACAAUGGAAAGCACCUUGUUUUAGUGGUGAUGGUGAAUGGGUCAUAGGUGCUUCUGCUAGCAAAGGGGAGCACAAGCUGUACAUUUGGGAUAGGGCCGGCCAUCUUGUGAAAAUCCUUGAAGGCCCUAAAGAAGCUCUUAUUGAUCUUGCUUGGCACCCUCUUCGCCCCUUGGUCGUCUCGGUUUCGGUUGCUGGCUUGGUGUAUAUAUGGGCCAAAGACUACACAGAGAACUGGAGUGCAUUUGCUCCUGAUUUUAAAGAACUUGAAGAGAAUGAAGAGUAUGUCGAGAGAGAGGACGAAUUUGAUCUAAUGCCUGAAUCAGAGAAGGUGAAAGAGUUGGUGAUUAAUCAAGAUGAGGAGGUUGACAUUUUAACAGUGGAGAAAGAUUCAGCGUUCAGCGACUCGGAUGCAUCACAGGAAGAACUGUGCUUCUUGCCUGCAGUCCCUUUGCCAGAUGUUCCUGAACAACAAGACAAGUGUCUUGGGAGUUCAUUGAAGUUAGGGGACAGCAAUCAUACUGGUUCACCGUUUUCAGUGGAAGCAGCACAGAAUGGUCAGGCCAUUCUUCCUGCUUCAAGCCCGCUCGAAGUGGUAGGUAAUUCGACGCCCGAAGAGGCAGUUGGGACUGCAGGAAUGAAGCGGAAGCGGAAGCCGUCGGCAAAAGGGAUGGAGUUGCAGGCGGAGAAGGGCCGAAAACCUCAAACGAAGAACAAACCCUCCGGUAAGCUGUCGAAACCAAAGAGCAGAAGUGGGGAUGGGAUCGACACGAAUGGCUCUGUACAUGAGGAUGAUGUAACUGAUGAGUACCUUUGAACUGUUUUAAGCUAAUCUCCAUUUUUUUUCUCUCUUUGAAGCUCUCUCUGUACUUGCAUUCUCUGAUUAGUGUUUUUAAGAUUCGUGCAAAAA